AUGCUUGUGAUCUCUCUUCUCAUUCUGACUUGUCUUUCGGACGCGGCGGUGGCUUUUGGCCGACCUACGAGACGCACAGACUCGUUUAGCCAGCCUACAGCCCCCGAUGUAUGUUACACAGCCUAUGAUUUAGUCAUUUACCCGAUACUUCUGUCUAGAUCUGCUCGCAAGGAUGUCACAAUCAGAAUCUCGCUCAGUGCCACUCGUCCAGCGGCGAAGAGGAAUUCCACUGUGUCUGUGAAAUGGUCAAAUCCCAGCAAUAUGCAGAGUGCAUAUUCCAGAUGGCUGGUGAAUUGGAAAUCAACGGAGUGGCAACUUCGGCGGACGAAUUUCUGGGUGGUGAGAUUGCACCCAGAGACUGCGGAUGCACGAGCUGACAUAGGGCCAGUUUUUGUUGCAGAUUGCGACCUGGACGGCGAUGCCAUGUUGUGGCAAAAUCCAUUCAUGAGCGGUGUGUCGAUCUUGACCGAGGAGCGUGACCGGAAUACAUAA